AUGAGAAACUACACAGAAAUAAGAAAGUUUAUCCUCCUGGGACUGUCAGAUGACCCACAAGUUCAGGUUGUGAUCUUUGUCUUUCUGCUCAUCACCUACAUGCUCAGCAUCACUGGGAACCUGACCAUUAUCACCCUGACCCUGCUGGAUGCCCACCUCCAGACCCCCAUGUAUUUCUUCCUCAGGAGUUUCUCUAUAUUAGAGGUGUCAUUCACGACUGUCACUAUACCAAAGUUCCUGGCCACCAUCAUUACAGGAGAUAAAACCAUCUCUUUUAAUGAUUGUAUGGCUCAGUUAUUUUUUUUCAUUCUCUUGGGAGUCACUGAGUUUUACCUUCUGGCUGCCAUGUCCUAUGACCGUUACAUUGCCAUCUGCAAACCCCUGCAUUACAUGACCAUCAUGAAUCAUAGAGUCUGCGCCCUGCUGGUCUUGGCUUCUUGGCUGGCUUCAUUCUUAAUUAUAUUUCCAUUACUCAUGCUGUUCAUACAGCUUGAUUACUGUAAGUCCAAUGCUAUCAAUCAUUUUACUUGUGAUUAUUUCCCCUUAUUACAACUUUCAUGUUCAAAUACCAAAUUACUAGAGGUGAUGGGCUUUUCUUCUGCUGUGUUUACCUUAAUGUUCACUUUGACAUUAAUAAUUCUGUCCUAUACAUAUAUAAUCAGAACAAUUUUGAGGAUCCCUUCCACCACUCAGAGGAUAAAGGCCUUUUCCACGUGUUCUUCCCACAUGAUUGUCAUCUCCAUCUCUUACGGCAGCUGCAUUUUCAUGUACAUGAAUCCAUCAGCAAAGGACAGGAUGUCUUUGAGCAAGGGGGUGGCUGUGCUAAACACCUCCGUAGCCCCCAUGCUAAACCCCUUUAUUUAUACCCUAAGGAAUCUACAAGUCAAGAGAGCCUUCAUGGACAUGGUCAGGAAGACUCUACUUUUCUCAAGGAAAUGA